AUGUCAUCAAAAUUAAAAAGCCUUGAUGAGAUGAUUGAGAUUGAAUAUGAAAAUGAAAUGAACAAACAAAAAGUCGACUGUAAAAAACCUAAAUUCACAAAGAAUGAAAGUACUGAUUCAUGGAUGGAUAUGCCAGCAAAUACUUUGAAGCAUAAAAAAGACAUCAAUGACCAAAAAGGGGAUUUAGCUAAACAAGCAUAUUCUGCUUAUGAAAGAAAGAUCCGGUGGCUAAAUCCAAAAGACACUGAAAAGGAGUAUCAACAAUACAAACAAAAUGAUCAACUUCGUCAAAAAAUACAAAGUGGGUAUGUUUCUCCUGAAAAAAUUGAUUGUUUACAAAAACAACUUGCUCGAGGUAAAAAAGAAGCUCAAAGAUUUCAUAGAGAACGAAAAGAAAAAUCGUUCCAAAGAGAUUAUAUCAAUGUAAAUAAUAAAAAAUUUAAUGAACAUGUUAAUCAAGCUUAUGAUCAAUAUACAUCUGAUAUUAAAGAUGCAUUAGAACAUUAA